AAGCACGAUUAAAUAUUGUAGCACCAUCUUUGAUAGAGCUAACAGUCACCAUAUUAGCAAGAUGUCUGUGGCUGUGGUUCUGUACUUACUUGUGGCGGUCAGCGUCCACUCUGCUGCAGCUAGAACUGGACCUUGUGGCGGGUAUGCCUGUGUUCCCGUGGCUCAGUGUGUCAACAACACCUGCACCUGCCCCAACCCGCCCUACGACCGUGGGGAUGGACGCUUUGGUUGCUACAGACCUAACACUGUGAGUGCCGAGGUGAGGAACGACCCGACCUUGACGACCUUCAAUGGCGAGACGGUCAACUUCCCCUACCCUUGUCGCUACCUGCUGACCCACUUCAGACAGGAUCUAAAGAAUGGCCAGACAGUCAUUGGCUACUGCGAGUUUCAGAUCCACCUAUUCAACGACCGAGACCUCGGCAAGUUCUACGUCAAGGGAUUUGAGGCGGCCAUCAAGAUCCACUACAACUACGGUCUGGACAAGGGAUUCUCUUUCAUCACAUGGGGGGUGUCGCCCAAUAUACAAACCAAUGACGCCAACAGCUACAGCCCUGACGGUCCCUACCCCCUGCCAGAAAACCCCGGGCCUGUGGUACUCACGGCCCCAAACAACGUGAAAAUCAUGCGCUACACGGAUGCUCAAGGACUCGUGGUCAAGGUUGACGCCUGUGGCACCAAGUUGACCUUUGUACCCUACAACAAGAACCUCAGGAUCAACUCCCCCUUGGUCCCUGGUGUUUCUCUGGUUGUCGACUGUGGCUUUGAACCACAGUGGCGAUCAAACGACCAGGUGAUGGCCCUAGCCCCACCCUCGGGCGGUGGUCAGCUGAUUUCAGGGGUGCAGGCCAGCUACCCAGGGCUGAGUCGAGCCGACGCCAUGUUGCAUCGUGCAUUCACACGUAACGUCACCCAGAACCAGCCAGACGCCAGCAUCAAGUGCCUGGCCGUGCCCCACUCCCUGGGGUCCUGCAGCCCCACCCAACUGGCUACCGUCUACAGCAAGGCCUCCUGGUUGUUCAGCAAGUACCCGCCCCUCAUCCGCUGCAUCUCUGCUGGCUCCACCACCUGCAGCUACAUCCUUAAGCUCUUCCAGCUAGUUGUCGAUUAUGUUUGCAACGAUGCUGUAGUAUGCGCUGACGUCACGUCCAUCGUUGGUAACUGCGCCGGGUCUACCCCGCCCCCCGAGCUGACCAGUCUGCUGGACUUAGUGUGUCCUUGAAGUGACGUCUGCUACACUUCUGCCCACGCUGGCUGACGAGAGCAGCCCCUGGGCAUGACUGGUGAAAUCGUCAAAAUUUCUUAGACCAUUGGAUGAAUGUAAAUAAACCAAUAAAUGAAUGGUCAGAAU